CUCGCAGUCCACUUUGAUGAUGCGAGGCUCUCGCAGUUCAUCACUGGUACCCCUUCUUCACAGGACGCUUAGUCCAUCCUCUUUGCACCAGGAUUGAUGCCUCUGGUGGCUUUUUGGUGAACAGGGCAUGACAGGACAGCAGGACUCCGACUUUGGCUUGUGGGAAUAUUCUAACCAUAAGAAAGAGCUGCAGAGCGCUAAGAGUGAAAACAAAGAUCACUGCUCCUCCAGCAUCACCAGCACCUGAAAAGAGGCUCCACUUCUCUGACGUUUUUGUAGCCAUCAUGUCCAGGAGAAAAGUGAGAGGCCUGACCCGCACGGGCCGUCAGGUCAGCGAGGACCCGGACCUGGACAACCUGCUGUCCACCCUCUCCCCUGAGGAGGUAGAGGAGCUGGAGAAGGACAUGAUGAAAGUGCCAGACCUCAAGCCCGAGGACGGAAAGAUCAUAGUGCAAGGGGAGAACCAGCAGCCACCUGUGAGCAACAAUGUGCGGGAUGCUAAAGUGGACAGAAAGGGGGAGAGCGAUCCUAAAAAGAGGCUCAGUCAGAGGGAGCAGUCACUAGAGGUGAGUACAUGUUUGACUUUAUUCUUUAUACUGUAUUGUGGCAUAAAAUGUUGGGUUUUGACAAAAAAGACACACCCAUUGGGGUUAGGGUUAGGGACAGAUCUCUUAUAAAGUUUGGAUGUGGUCAGUUUUAGUAAUAAUGACCUCUAGACUAGAUAAAUCAAGGACAAAUAUUGGCUUUCUUGCAUCUGUAUUCACUCUACAUCAGCAGAGAAACCGCCACAGAAACAAAACAAACUGUAACUUUUCCCUUGUGACAUUUUCAAGAAGUUCAGUUAGAGAAGUUAAUUUUUCACAGUCCGUGUGUUUAAAGGAGAGGCACUUGAGUGGAUGAAGCGGCGGCCUGGUGGAGCUUCUUAAUCCCAGCCUGAUGGAAUUCCUUGGUUGAUUGCUCCUACGCUCACUGCCUUUUAAGGAUACAUCUGCCAGGGCCGCGGCCUCGCUCCGCAAAACAGAUGGAGGCUCACAAAUCAAACACUUUGCGAAAACUACUCACUCCGACUGUAUCCCCGCUCUAUAAAAAAAGGUUCCUCGUACUUUUGCCGAAUGUAAACACACGCAUGCCUCACAGUGACAGGGAGGGUGUGUGUGUAUGUGUGUGUUUACAGUCAGCAGAUGGAUGAGGAGCUGUUCGACAGAGAGGGAACAGAGAUUUUGAACAUUUCCUAUUAUAUAAUAUUGUACAUGUUUGGCAUUUCAUAUUUAAGACGCUGAAGACAUUUCUGCAGGAUGACAGCCUUGUUCUGUAUGUGCAGCGAAUUACUUUUGUCAUGGACUGUUACAUCUUUGAUUUUCUUCAGCAAAACGGAUCUUUAAACAUGAUGGUUUAUUAUUUUUUCACACUUAAAAUUACUUAAAUUUCUCACACUCUUCUUCCACAGGGGGAACCAAAGAAAGAGAGCCGGAAGCAGGAAUAUCUGAGAAAGAUGGGACUGAGCCAGGAAGGCAACGAGGACAUGAAUGUAGGUUUGCGGAAACAAUCUAGUAUCUCAAGUGAAAGAGAAACAAAGGUGGAGGACAGAAACAGCAGAGGUUUUGAAAGUUCGAGAGACGAGCGAAGUCGACUUUCAGGGAGAUACAGGAAGCAGGACAGCAAGGAGAGCGACGUGAAAGAGGAGACUAAAGAUAAAGAGAAACUUGAGGACAGUAAGGUAAGAGAGAGGAGAGAAAACAGAGAAAGUGCAGGCAGCAAAACGAAGGAUAUGAUCUCUAAGUUACAGGAGAAGAAGGAGGAAAGCAAAGAGAAGGAGCGGAGAGAAGACUGCAGGAGAAAAGACGAUAGCAAAACCAAAGAUAUUAUCUCAAAGCUGCGGGAAAAGCAAGAAAAGGAUGCCGGUAAGGAAAAGGACCGAAAACCUGAGACUGUCAGGACACAAGGGCUGGUUUCUAAGAUGGUGGAGAAGCAGAGCAAAGUGCAAGAAACUCCAGCGCAGGAGAGCAAACCAGAGGAGAGGAAGUCUAAAGAAGGGGAGAAAAAAGUUGAAGAGAAAACCAAGACUGAUGUCAAACUUGAGCGACAGUCAUCAGAGAGAGGAGAAACGCAGGUGAAGAAUGACAAGGCGGAGAAAAGGACAGAUCGAGAGGAAAUGGUGAACCACAGCGACCACGUGAAAGAGAAAGAGAGGAAAGAGGAGGAGAGGAGAGACAAAGAGGAUCAAAAAGGAAAAGCUGCAAAAGCAACAGAAAAACUUGGCAACUGUGUGGCCAAAAACAGCCCCAACAGCAAAGGGAAAGAGGAAGAAGAGGAGGACGAAGACUCCAGCAUGUUCGAUGAGCUGAUGGAGCAGGUUCGAAGCAACGACCCAUCCCUCGCCGAGCUCAACGUCAACAACUCUGAGGUCAUCAAGACGAAGACCCUCAUUGAGUUUGCCGAGGCUUUGCACAACAACACCAACGUCAAGAAGUUCGCUUUGGCUAACUGCCGUGCGGAUGACCAUGUGGCGUACGCCAUCGCAGGAACUCUACGCACCAACAAGACCAUCACCAGCAUCAACGUCGACUCCAACCACCUCACCGGCAAGGGCAUCCUGGCUCUGAUCCAGGCCCUGCAACACAACUCAACACUGACGGAGCUCCGCUUUCAAAACCAGCGGCACAUCUGUGGAGGGAAGACUGAGAUGGAGAUGACAAAGAUCCUGAAGGAGAACACCACCCUUCUAAAACUGGGCUACCACUUUGAGUUAGCAGGACCCAGGAUGACCACCACAAACAUCCUGAGUCGCAACAUGGACCGGCAGAGGCAGAAGCGCCUUCAGGAGCAGAAGCAGGCGCAGGCCAACGGGGAGAAGAAGGGCGGGACACUGGAUGUACCCAAGACAGGUGGGGGUAGCGGUGGAGGAUCUCUGAGAAACUCACCAAAAGCCUCCCCCAAACCUUCGCCAAUGCCCUCACCUAUGCCCUCCCCAAAGCUGACCCCUAAACGAGGAGCUGGAGGUUCAGGACCACCACCACCUCCUCCACCUCCCCCUGGUGUUGGACCGCCACCUCCUCCUCCUCCUCUUAUGAUGGAAGUCGACUCCCUGAGGAACUCUCUGACUCCGGUGUCGCAGAGGAAGCUGGAUGGGAAAAGUCCAGGAGGGAGUAAGAACUCAAGGGACCAAUUGCUCGCUUCAAUCAGAGGGACCGACAUCAAACAACUCAAGAAGGUUCGUUUUGAAGCUGGUGAGUUAUUUUUGGUUCUGUGAAUACUUUCAAAACGUACUAACAUUUCAUUUUCUGCCCAGGUGCCGGUGCCAAAGUGGUUGCAGUAAAACUUUCUGUUGGAAUGAAAAGUGAAAAAGAAAACGAGAGGGAGAACAGACAUCUCACCAAAGUUUAUCUAGGACAUAAACUCUACAUUCCCCCAAAUUCAGAAGAACUGAGCUGUGGGACGGAUGAAAGUGAAACACAAGAUGCCCAUCGGGUGGAUGACUAGCCCUCACUAUGAGCUCUCCCUAAAACACUGGACCAAAAAGACUAUGCGGAGAAGGAGUGACGCAGGGCUCUCUCUAUUAGCCGUCUGCAGUGGUUGUUUGUCUUAAGACCAUAUUGACGCUUUGCUGGUUAUUUGCACUAGAUAAUAUGAAGCCUAUCAUAUAACAUGUCGGCUCGUGUAUGCAUCUGAAUGUGAGCGUGGCGUGAUUGCGCAAUGAGCUUAACGAGAGGUUCAAAUAACUAUAAAAUCUAAUAUAAAAGACGAACAGUCAGUGGAAAAAAAAUUGACCUUUUAUUUAUUUGUGGAGAGAAAGCUGUAAAACUACUCAAACUGGGAAUUGUGAAAUGGCGGGACUAUCAGGGACUUAACAAAUAUGGCGGCCUGACUUCGAAAAAAUCUGGGUAAGGAAAAGAAAAGGUCAAGGUGGUCUUUGAAUGUGCGACUCACUGCCAAAUCUCAAACAUCUCAGGCAGGGUUUAACAGAUUGGACAGAAGCCCAGUGGAGUCUUGGUGCAUGACGACAGCGUGUUAGCAUGGAAAUAAUUACAUAAUAUAUUUUUAAACCAGGAAGUGCAAACGGCUGCCCGUCAAGCUGAAGUUUAAUUUUGUACCGGAUCAUUCUAGCCUGCUUGUUUGGAUACCUUACAUAACUUGUAAUGUAACACAUCCACAUAUCUUAACCUUAAGGGGAGAUGAAGCAACAUUACCGGCUUAUAGCGACCCUUCUGUUUAAGCGAAUGUCAUUUCUUAAAGACUAAAUAUGAUAAAAACACAAAAACCCGAGUGGCACCCACAUGUGUACCAUGUUAUGAAGGAUUCUCUGUCAUAUCUGAUCUGACCACACGUGCCUUUCCUACAGAGCCUGUAUGUCUUCAAUAAAGAAUCUGGUAUGUUUGCAACAAGAACUCACAAGUGUAAUGUUAUGACUGGCUGAUAUCAUUAAGCAGAAUAUGAACAGUAUAUGUAAAAUUAAAUACAAAAGUAUUUUUGAAAUAUGAUAAAUGGAUGUAUUUAUCAAAA